AUGGGCUGGGUGUAUAACCUCGACAAGCCCGAUCCACAAAGCGAAAUCUCCCAGGUCAUUGCCGUAUUGCUGGUGUUCACGAUCGCGGCCCUCCUAGCGGUUGCCCUGCGGUUCUACAUCCGAAUCCAUACAAAGAGAGCAUUAUGGCUGGAUGACUAUGCCGCGCUGUACAGUGCGAUCAUGACCGCUGGAUACUGUGCAUCUAGCAUACUUCAAACGCGAUGGGGUCUAGGUCUCCAUGCCGAGUAUUUUCCUACGGCCAAUGUGAAGCAAUUCAGUAAGAUACAAUAUGCUGGCGGCCCGCUAUACUCGAUGUCCCUGCUGGGGUUCAAGGUCUCGCUACUGGCGUCGUACCUCCGCAUCGGCGGAUUUGUGAAGAUGUAUCGAACGAUCAUUAUCGUUGCGAUUGCCGCCGUAGUGGUCAAUCAAAUCAUCUUCACAUUCCUCUUUAUCUUCCCCUGCAAACCUGUAUGGCAUCGAGUCCACUAUACCAGGUUUGACCUCGUCAUCAUCGCCCUCCCUCUGCCAGUCCUCUGGAACCUACAGCUCGGAAAACGCCAAAAGGUCGCCCUCUGCUGCGUCUUCGCCAUCGGCUUCUUCGUCACAAUCAUCCAGAUAAUCCGCAUCUUCACCAUCGCGCGACUAAAGACCUACACGGACAGCAAACCGGUGAUUCUCUGGUCCAUCGUCGAGAUCAGCCUAGCAGUAAUAAUCGCCUGCGUCCCAACCUACGGCCCCUACUUCCGCGUCUUCGUCUCAACCAUCAGCUCCUACCGCCGCCGCCCCACAGGACAAGACUACCCCCUCACGUCUGGGAAUCGGCAAACGACCCGGAAAAACGGCCUCAGCAGUCUGGGGCGAGAUGACGUCCCCGAGGGCUUGCGGCCGUACGAUAACAGCACGCCGCAUACGACGACGAUCUCGUCGUCGAAAGUGAGCCCGGAUAAUGACUCCGAGGAACAUAUCCUGGGAAACCCUCAGGGCAUGUUUGCCACCGUGGACGACCAGGAGAGGGGCAUUCAUAAGGUUAUGGAGGUUACGGUUGAGAGGAAUUAA